GCGCCACACGAUUGUCUGGCGAUGGAAGUGAGCGAGCCGCAACGUCCGGCGGAGGAUGGCCCGCGCAAGGCAAUGGGGUCCCGGCUAACGGCGGCGCAGGUCGAGUACCUCGUGAGCCAGCGCGAUGAGCAUGGGAUCACGUAUCGCGCAGAGCACAAGGAGGCGCGCGAGGCCAUCGCCAAGCACCUGAACCUCGAAGUGGCGCAGAUGCAUGUCUGGUUCAAGAACCAUCGGCUGCGCGACCCAACGCUCAAGGUCGAAGCGCAGCCAGCGAGCGCCAAGAUCAAGAAGCGCCGCCGCAGCACGGCUGACCCCGCCGCCGAGCACUCCGCCGAGCCAAAGCGAAGUACCGCAGAUCGCCCGCCGUUGCGCCUUAGCGAGCCCACCCUUCGCCCGCCGUCAAGCUUUCUCGAGCCUUCGACCGAGUCGUCGCGUUCCAUCCUCCACGACGAUACCGCCGCAUUCGACGAAGACGAGAAGGACGCUUUGGCCCUCGCCGCCCACAAGCGCAUUCUCACGGACCUCGACACGCUCAAUGCGCUCGGCUUUAGCUCGAUGCUGGCGCUGCACAACGAAGCGACCGACGUCGGCAGCUACGACGUCCGUGGGCCGCUCGCCGUGCAGGCCACCGAGUACCUCUUGCAGCAAAAGAAGAUCGACAUGCAAAAUUUCCUGAAAGACUUGACGGCCGCCAACAAGCUCUACCCCGAGCUGCGCGAGACGACCAACACGCACCCGACAAGCAGCGCGAGCUCGCCGCAGUAGCGCCAUAGCGGACUAGAUAGCUGCGUAAGAAGACUGAGUUCAUUGCAUUUCUUGU